AUGUGGUUUAUGAGUCUCGACAUGGCGAGUGGAUUCUGGGCGGUGCGAAUGACGGAACGUGCGAAGCUGAUCUCCGCAUUUGUUUGCCCGUUCGGCCAUUUUCAAUGGCUCAGAAUGCCCUUUGGGUUGAAGAAUGCACCGUUAAUUUAUCAGAGCAUCAUCAAUAACUGUUUGUGGGGAUUCGUCCGUCUGCCUCCUGAAGAAGAAGCGCUGGUCGACCCAGAAGUUCUUAAGUUCCUGGAUCUUGAGCCGCAAGAAGUCCUGAAACCUGAGGUAGAUAUGCGGGAUUCAGAGAUCACAGCAUUGGACAUGACUGUAUUUAGACGCAAUAUCCCGGCUCCGUCGCAAAAUGGACUACGAUACUGGAAUAUCUCCGUGAGCUUACCGAAAAGUGAAUUCGGAAAGUUGACCAUCCCAUUCCUCUCUCAUGAAGUGAUUGCCGCUGUGCUCUACGAACUAGACGAGGAACGUGUACGUGCUGGACGGAACCUGGAAGCCGCAAAGGAGUCUUUCGAGAUACUGAAACGUAAGAUCGUGUCGACCGCGCUAUUGCGACAUCCAGACAGAACCAAGUCUUUUGUGAUAAUUCCGCAUGCCAACCCGUGGGCG